AUCUGGAACAUAGUUAAAGAUUUAAAAUGAGGAUAAUCAUUUUACUGCUGUAUAUUCUGACAGAUCAAACAGUUAUCUCUGAAGCUGAAGUAAUAUUUACAUGGACCCCUUGGUCAUCGUGUAAUAUCAGUAAUUCAAGUCCGGAUAAAAACUGCAAAGGAAUACAAACAAGAGCAAAUGUAACAAAUGACACGGUAACUGGAAUGGUUACUGACAGUGACGAUCUAGAGACAAGAGUAUGUUUGCUUACAAACGAUAAAGUUGAUGGAGGUUACACACUAUGGAGUGAAUGGGAUGAUUGCUCACAAAUAUGCGAAGGAGAAACAACUAGAAGUCGAAAGUGUUAUGAACCCACACCAUGCAAUGGCGGCAUAGAUUGUAAAAGUAAUCUUGGAGUAGAUACACUCUACAAAAAAUGCAAACCUGUGACAGGACAAUGGGGAGAAUGGGGAGCUUGGGGGAACUGCACAAAACCUAACUCUGGCAUUUACGGAACUGGUAUUUAUCUACGCUCACGAAAUUGUGACAGUCCAGUUAAUAUUUGUGGAGGCGAUUAUUGCAAAGGAGAAAAUCAGACUGAAGGAAAUUGCAGAGUUGUGCCUCCAUGUCUUACAUACCAAAUCUUUAGCGACAAAUUUCUCAAAAUAGAAAAUGCUAUGUCAAUUUAUACCUCAGCACAAGUAGAUAUAUAUCUUCUGACGAAAAACAAUUGUACAACGGCAACUAUAAUUCACACUUAUUUUGCAUUAUACAAGAUAACAAACAUAACUGAUAAUACAGAAGUGCAGGUCGGAGGGAAGGAAUACAGUGUGAAGUUCAAGUUUAACCCAGGGCAACAUGAAAUAGGAUAUUAUCGUUUGUAUGCAAGAAUAGGAUAUCCUGCAAGCAUGACAGACUGGAUGGAAGAAUCAAUGUUUGUGAAAAUAGAACAACCACCACCACAUGCAUUUAUAAAAGGUGGAGCUGGAAGGACUAUUGGACAAGGACUCUCAGAAUUUGACGCUCGUUCUGUGUCGUAUAGUAUAACUAAAGGCCCCGAUGAUCCUUCUGGUCUUAUUUUUUCUUGGAAAUGUCUUAAUUUUGUUACAAAUAAUAUCUAUAAUCUACUGCAAUUUAAUAUUGCACCAGUAUUAGCUUUUAAGGAUAAAAGUGACUAUAAAAAGAAAUGGUACGAAACUAACUUUGUUCCAUAUAUAGAAAACAAACUCGCGUUCAUCAAUGAGUCUACACUUUACACCGUUGUAAAUAACCUACAAAAUUCUAAUUCCACAUGCAUGAAAGGAAGUGAGUUUUACGUCAUGACUGAACUUUAUAAAUAUCCUCGCACCAAAGAACAGAAUGACGAAACAACAGAAGCAUUCGAUAAUAUUUCAUCGACAUCAAUAUACAGUACAUGGAAUGGGAGCCAAGUUACAACAUCAGUAAUGACAACAAUAGAAACGACGGUAAAUCAAGGAGAGAAUAGUGUUAGUACCUGGAGUAAUUGGACAACAAUUGAAGCAAUGACAACAACAGAGGAGGCAGCUACGACAGCGACUCCUUAUGAUCUGAUAGCUCUGACGCGAUUUUUUGAAAUUGAAUUUAUGUCUGAAAUGGAGUUAAAUCCUAAAUCCGAAUUGGAAGACUUAGAGUAUAUCCUACCUAUUCCAGGAAAUAACACACUUGUUUUAAACGAAAUGUUAGAAUUCCUGCAUGAUUUAUAUAAUGAAGAAUCUGAAGCAUUUCUGCGGGAUACAGACGACUUUUUUGAAAGGUUAUCAGAUAGCUCAUUGACUCUUGAUAGUUUGUAUAAACUGCGUGAACUUUCUGGGUUGCCUGCAAGUGCUAAUGCUACAUUUUUUGAUAAUCUACUAGAAUGGCUAAAAAACGCAAAUGUAUCGAAACAAUUUGCAUACGAACUGCGAGAUUUGUUGGAUAGCUUUAAACAUGUCCAGCCUUACAUAACAAAUGCCACAGAGUUGGUAGAUGUAAUAGGAAUUGAUGGAUAUUUGAAACUUAUUAUUGAUGACUCUGGACAAUGCUUGAUGAAUUAUCUUAUAAACAUCUUUAACGGAUUUGCUAAGAUUAACUCAUUAGAUUGGCAUAAAAUGAAAAAUCAAGAAAUAGAUUACUUGGACUGGCUAGGGGAUGAUCUGGUCCCCUCUAGUGCUUGUAAAUUGUUCAACGGAAUCGAAGAUGGAACCGGAAGUCUGAAUGUUACCUUUCAAGAUGUCUUAGAGGGAAAGGGAUUUUUAGUGUAUUUAAGAGUAGAAUUUGAGGAGUCUGUUAGUUAUUUUAUACAACAUGCGCAGUCAGUUCUGGGAAAUCCUCCACUACUGGAAAUAGAAUGCAGGUUGAAUUGCAUGAAGAAGACUGCUUUGACUUCUAUUAUGUCGUUAAAGGCUACAUGUCCCUUUUGUACGUUUGAACAGCAAAAAAGAUUUAAAUUUUGGUGGAAAGUCAAAGAUUUUGAUAUCUUCAGUAGAAUAUCAACAACAAAUGAUUACUGGCAAUCUUGGAUGCUAUCUGAAUCGGAUACUAAUGCAUUUGUUAUGCAAGCCAACGUUUUAAAUGCGAGUGCUGGAUACCUUAUAGAGGCUCAUAUGCAGCUUGCAACAGGAGAGACGAGCAUAAGUAUUUGGACCGUCAAUACAAACAUACUACCGUAUGGAGGAUCUUGUGAGAUUGAGGAUGCAAUCUGGGGGGAAAAGAAAGUAACAACCAAUGGAUGGAAUGACGAAGGGUUUCGAACCUCAACUGAUACCAGUUAUGACUGGAAAGAACAGCUUAUUUAUCGAAUAGUUCAGACGAAUUCUGAAGGAAAGGAAACACUUCUAUAUUACGGUUCAGAGGCAGAGAACUACAUCAAAGUAAAGCCUGGUAUCGAUACAAAUGGUUAUAAUGUUACAAUAAAGAUACAGAUCUUCGAUAUUUUUAUCGAUUAUAAAGAAUGUACCAAACAUAUUGGACAGGUUUUACCAAAUUAUACCACAUCAGACCAAAAUAGUGUAUCGUCAUUCUUAUAUUCCUCUGCUGAAAGCGUGGAUUAUUACUGGAAAACCAGGAAUGCAAAACAAGUUGCCAUGAAUGCAGAAGUUGCCGGAACACCAGUGACGGAUUUGUAUUCAACUACGACACUAUUUGAUACUGAACCUGCACAAUGGGUGAAUAUUGGUGUAGAAAUACUGUCUGAUGGUACAAAUGUUACAAAAACAUUUGACGAACUAUGGAAUAUGUAUGAACAUCCUGAUUAUGGAGAUGUCAUCACACAAAGUGAUAUAAUAGAGCAAUUGACAACUUUUUCCACGAUACUGGCUGAAACAUCUAAUGCAAGUGAUGGAACAUCCACUGUGAAUUUAGACCAGGUUGCUAACAGUAUUGGUACAAUCAUUGGAAACAAGCUAUUCACCGCAAAUUCCUCAGCUUCCCAGGCAUUUGACGGAAAUAAAGGUCUAUUGGAAAAACUUGUAAAGUUGUCCAGUAAUGAGACAUAUCCAAAGUAUGAAGAUUAUAUUUCUACGUGCCAAGGUAUGCUAAGGGUCCUGAACAAUGCUUUGGAAGCCAUAUUACCCAAGACAUCAGUGGAUACACCAACAACAUUAGAUAUAUAUACCAUAAUGUCGGAUAUCUCUAGCAGACAGGAGUUAUCUGAACCAAACAACGCUGAUCUUACUCCUGCAGAAAGAGCAUUUAUUGCUUCACAGAUUGCUAUGAAGAAUGAACUGGAUGCGGAUAUAAAAAAUGACGAUGUAAAAAACGAGGUUCAAGUACUAUUGGACAGUAUUUCCUACUUAGGUCAGGUGCUUCAGAUGUUGAACUUUCGUAAACAGAUGCCUGUUUACGUUCAAAAUGGACACAUCAAUUCCACUGAAGACAAGAAACUGAUUGGAGAGUUGAUUCAGAAAGGGUUUCAAAUCAAUGAAGUAGAUUUAAGUUUUGUAGAAUCAAUUUCACAGUCAACAAAAGAGCAAGACAUACAGGUAACAUUAUAUGACCACACACCAUUUUCGUGGGAUGAGGAGUCUAAGUUCAUAUCAUCUAAGACCGUCACUGUGUCAGUGGGAGAAGGCAAUACAACAAACUCAGCAAUACCAUCGAAAAUCAAACUUCAGAAUACUGGUUUAGUACCAACAAGAAAAACUAUCAAAGUAGCCAUUCCAGUUGAUAAAAAUGAGACCACUUCACAGAUGCUAGUGUACAAAAUGUACUGGAAGACACCUGCAGACAGUUUGAUAAUCAGUAUAAAUAACGCAAUGAACCACCUUAAUCACACGAUUUACAUUCGGAUGACAGAAGCUCCAACGGAAGACGAAUAUGACUGGAAGAAAGUUACAGAAUACAGCGACUGGUUAAGCUCCAACGAAAUAAAAGUAAUACUCGACGGCGGACUAUACACAGCCCCAACAAAUGUGUAUAUUGGAGUCCUUCUUCGAAAAGAAACAUAUUCCGCCCCUACAUUAACCAGGCAAAGACGAUCAUAUAGUACUACUAUUGUUGCUUAUGAAAUUAUUAGUGCUACUGUUGGUUGUAGAGUAUGGGAUACUGUAAAGCAGAAAUGGGACAAAAUGUCGUGUCAACUUUCUGCUGCAUCAACUAUCAAUGAGACUGUUUGUGAGUGUUCCAAUCCACCAGGAAAUAGUUUUGCCACAACUUUCUACGUGCCUCCAAACACAAUCGAUUUUGGAAGUGUUUUUGAAAAGUUUGAUUUGAAAAACAAUGCAGCGGUGUUUGCAACUGUUUUAUCACUAGUACUGUUAUAUAGUUUGUUAUGUGUAUGGGCAUUCAGACAGGACAGAAAGGAUCACACAAGGUGGGCUCUAUCAUACCUGAGUGACAACGGUCCUUACGACGAUUACUUGUACAUUCUGACGGUGUUCACAGGACUACACAGAAAUGCUGGAACAAAAUCCAGAAUAGGUUUCAUGAUAAUUAAUGGCAAACCAAAGAAUAGCCAUUUUUAUGAACCAGAUGUAAGAAUAUUAGAUGACGAAACACAUCGAGGUUUUGAUGUUGGUAGCAUCCGGAAAUUUGUCAUGAGCGUUCCUAAACCAAUAAAUGACCCAACAGUAUUAAAAAUUUGGCAUGAUAAUAGUGGACAAGGAAAUUCGGCAUCAUGGUAUCUUAAUAAAAUCAUACUGGAGGAUGUACAAACUGGUGGGAGGUAUAUGUUUAUAUGUGAUCAAUGGAUGUCUUUGGACCAUGAUGAUGGCUGCAUUGAUUGUGCCAUUCCUGUUUCAGAUGAAUUGGAUAAACACAAAUUUUCAUUUUUAUUUAACGAAAAAACUAGACAAAACACAACAGACAAUCACUUAUGGUUAUCUGUUGCUAUCCGACCUGAAGACAGUAACUUCACAAGAUUAUAUUGCUGUCGCUUGUAUUCUCUUGGAUUGUUAAGAGUUAUAAAGAGAAAACUGUGAAAUACGACAGAGUGAAACUUCUUUUGGAGACCAAAAGACGUGCAGCAAGUCCAUUGUCAUAUCUUCUAGAUGUAUUCAAAACGAAGCAAGCCCCAUUGAAAUUCCAAAAAGUUGCUACAUUGAAAGAAAAAAGACAGCAGCGACUUAAAAUGCAAGAGAUAUUGAUAGAACUUGUUUUAUAUAUGAUAUUCCUUGCUGUUUUGUAUAG